AUGGGAAAGGGAAAUAGUGAAAUUGGCGACGGCGAGAAGGAAGCGGUUGUAGGUGGCUGCGGCUGGGAGCGGUGGGCGGUGGGCGGUCAGCCGUCUCCUUCCGCACCGACGGCCUCCGCUGACACGCUUCGUCUCCCCAGCAGUCUAGAUUCCAAGGAAGCUUCCCGGGGGGCUUUGGCCUGCCUUAACAAGAGCCCGGGACCUGGGGCAGAUAAGGAGACGACUCAAAAGAAUCUUGAGUGGACUAGUUCUCGUACCCUACAUUGUAACUCUUGGCCGAUUAUGAGACCCGGAGGCGAUAUUAAAGAGGCGGGCCCGAUAGAACUCUGGAACGGGAGCAGCCAGCGGUGGACACCUAACGCUUAA